UGGAAGGCAUUGGAAAAUCUCUCUGUAAGGGUCAAUUUCAGCUGGUGAUGCUCCUAGUUUAGUGCAAGUAUCAUACACAUUUCCAGGGGGCAGAUGUAAGCACCUGGAUGUUUUUCAGCUAUUGAUAUACUUAAACAGUAGCUUGAAAGACUGAUAUCCACCUCUGGGAUCUUGAUUUCAAAACAAGCUGUAGACUCUUAUUGUGUGGCUCUGCCUCCCUGGCCAUUUGCAGUAUGAGUCUGGCUUGCUUAAUGCCCUAAAAUGAAUGUGAGUGUGUGACAGGACUGACUCUACCUGCUGCUGACACAAGUGCUGCAUCAGCAGGAAGGAGCUAUUUGCCCUUCUUUGGAAGGGAUUCAUCAGGAACAGGUUUGCACUCUAAGAUGAAGCCAUUCUGAAUUUCUGUAUCUGUUCUGUGACUUCAGUUUUGCUUUGAAAUUAAUAUCUGUCCACACUGUGCACAGUAUGAUCUUGCAGUUUUGUGUUGUACAUACUUUCUUGGUCUUCUCUUGUGGUACAGAAGGUGGCUGUUUGAUAGGAGCAGUGUUAGACUGGUGUUUCUGACAAUUUCUGUAGAGUUUUUUAGCUGUCCUGUUUUCAAAAUGCUGCUUGUAUCAGUACACAGCAACACCAGUACAAACAAUAACACACUUAAAAAAAUAUAUAUUGAAUGGUCUGUUUUCUGCCCUCAAGGGUCUAAAUGUCAAAUCUCCAGCUGGUACUAAUUUGAAUACUUUGCAUUAAAAUGAAUUUGUGGCUUUCAAAGCAGCCAGUUUAUCCACUGUGACUGCAUGGACUUGGUGAAACUAAGUGAAAAUCAUUUGAGUAUCAGCUGUGAGGUGAUUAGCACUGUAUUACAAGUGCAGAGUAGGGAUGGCAAGGAGAUGUCCAGGUUAUGUGGGAUGUCCUGACCUCUCACACCCUGACAUCAGUCACGUUCCUAUGGGGUGCUCCAGCAUCUUCCUCCUGCCUUUCUGUUGAGCAUUACCCCAUGGAAACUCAUUCCCCAUAUCUUUCACCCCCUUUAAGCGAUUAUUGCUUUCAUUAAAAUGAAAACCAAACUCAAAUGUACUAGUGAAAUUUUUAUUGGACAUUUUUCCUAAUUCUAUAUUGAAAUGAAUUACAAUGCAAAGCCAGUUGAACAAAUACUUCCCUAAUUCAUUAUGAAACACACUUACAAGAUGAUUUUAUUAAAUUCUAUGUUAUUCCACGCAAACUGACCGAUUUAAAAGGAGGAAAUAAAUGCAAACAUCUAAAAAACCCCCUUCUAUUAUGCUACUGAAAGAAAAAUGUGCUGUAGAGCUGUUUAAAAAAAGCGGAAGAACUAAUUACCAUCAAAUAAGAUGCAGCAGGAGUAUUUUUGGAAUAAUGGACUCUAAUUAGUCCAUUGCUCGUGGAAAUAAAUCUGAGGACAUCAUUAACACAUCUUUUUCUAUUAAUUGUAGCUGUUUCGAGUUUGUUGUAAGCGGGUUGUUAUCUUGUGACAGUUGCAUUGCAAAGAGGAAAAAAAAAAGUGAGAAGAGUAUUUUUAUCUGGGGUAGUUGGCAGUGCCUUCUGGGAGCCAAGGAGAGCUGUAAUUAUAUUUUUGAAAAGUGAAAAUUGGGCAUUAUAAGGAAGGUGCAGGAAGGGGGCGUUUUGGCCGGCCAGAGGCGGGCCCCGCUCCACGCAGCAAAUCCGGUGCGGGCUUUGCGGCCUCCCGGGCGCGGGGCAGCCCCGCGGUCAGCGGUAAAGUCCGGAGCCGGAUCGCGGCGGGGGUCGCGCCCGGAGCGGGUCCGCGGCGCACCGGAUGCCCCGGCCCGCGCCUCGCGAUCCGAAACCCUGCGGAAAAAAAAAUAAUAAAAAUGAAUAAAAUAAUAAUAAUAAAAAAAAUCAAAGACCCAAAGACCCCCGCCCGAACGGAGAAAUAAAACACGUGAACAAAGAAUCCCUGGGACGGCCCGCAGACCCCCUUGCCCGGGGGCCGGUCGGGGCCGGGCCGUGCCGCUCUGGCCGCCCGCCCGCGCGGGGCCCUAAUGGAGCUAUUUUGGAAGUGACCCCUCGGGCGGCCGGAGCGCGGGGCGGGCGCAGAGAGCCGGCGCAGCUGUCCGGAAUCAUGACUGAAGAUGACGGAUUCCGUGGUGGUGGAGGGUCACGUCAAGUUGAGAGACGGAAAAAAGGUCCCCGCUCCCGGCGCCCCUUCGGCCCGCGGGGGUCCCCGACCGCCGCCCCCUUGUCCUGAGGGGAGAGAGCCCGCUCUCCCCUCCCGGCCCCGGCUAACCCUGUCCCUUUGCCUCUCGUUGCAGUGGAAGAGCAGGUGGCUGGUGCUGCGCAAGCCCUCCCCGGUGGCAGACUGUUUGCUCAUGCUGGUGUACAAGGAUAAAUCUGAACGAGCAAAAGGGCAUAAGGAGAGGAGCAGCAUGACCUUAGAAGACAUCUGUGGCUUGGAUCCUGGGCUCUCCUAUGAGGGCCUGAAUCACACCCUCGCAAUCAUCUGUCUCUCCCAAGUUGUGAUGCUGGGAUUUGAGAACAAGGAAACAAUGUAUGCCUGGGAUGUACGAAUACGCUACAGUCUGGGGGAAGUUCAUAGAUUUCAAGUCUUUGUAGCCCCUGGCACAAAACUAGAGAGUGGGCCUGCUACCCUGCAUUUCUGCAAUGACAUCCUUGUCCUUGUGAAGGACCUUCCUCCCAGUGUCAUGGGGCAGUGGAAGCUCUCAGAUCUGCGUCGCUACGGAGCUGUCCCAAACGGAUUCAUCUUUGAAGGGGGAACCAGGUGCGGCUUCUGGGCUGGUGUUUUUUUCCUCUCUUGCACUGAAGGGGAGCAGAUCAGCUUCCUGUUCGACUGCAUCGUCCGCGGCAUCUCCCCGACCAAAGGCCCUUUUGGUUUGCGUCCAGUGCUCCCAGAUCCAAGUACAAACCCAGCCUAUUCAGAAGAAAGACUGGCUCAUGAAGCUUUGCAAUUGGAAAAGCGCUUGAGCUUGCUGUCCCAUACAAGUCGCCAAGGUAGUGGAGGAGAUGAUAGGAGUAUUUCAAGCUCAUCUUCAGAUACCAGCCACUCGGAUGUCAGUGUUGGGAGCAGGUUGACAGUGUGGCCUGAACAAUCCUUAGCCAGCACCUCUCAGGAGAGCCAUGGGCUGGCAGCUGCAAAGGGCAUUCACCUGGGAGAGGAAAAGACCCUUCCAGAAGGGGCACGUGGCACCGCUAAACCUCCUCCGAAGCCGCUCCGAUCCAGACAGCUGCAGGAAAUAGGUCGGCAGAGUUCUUCUGACAGUGGAAUAGCUACUGGCAGUCACUCUUCCUACUCUGGGAGCUUCUCUUCCUAUGCUGGGAGCUUAGACAUUUGCCACGGUGAUGAGUUUGGAUCACUGCUAAGCUUGCCAUUGAACUUUCCUUCGGAUCAGAGUCUAUGUACUUGUCCUCACAGUGAGUCCCAGAGAGCUGUGGGAUCAGAGUAUCAGGUUCCCAGCUCUCUCAGACACGUUUAUGAUAUACCCAGGAGUGUGUUACAGGCAACUUCUAAAGAAGUGCAACUGAAGAGUGCAGAUUCCACGUUAGCCAAGGACCAGGCCCUGCCUGCUCAAGGUGCCAGUGACCCAAAACUGCUACCUCCACACUUGGAAGCACGGAGGGGACCUGAGCACAUCCAGCACAGAGGAAGGCCUUCAUCCUUACUCACAGAAAGCAGCAAGGACUCAAGUGAUGAGACAUAUGUGGAUUUUGUUUCAAGGUGGUCAGACACAAAACCACAAGGACAGGUGUCAGACUCCAAAAGUAGUGAGCUGUCACCACCUGGUGGGGCCUCAGCUGACCCCUGUGACACAUGUAGCCCCCACCCUGGGAUGACAAGAGCUCUUUUUUCAUCUUGUCCAAUCUGUGGUGGACUAAAGGGAACAGCAGUAUUACAGUCUGGAGCCUUACCAGCUAUAUCAGGUGGUGCUUCUGUCUUGGCAGCUUCUGGGUCUUUGAAAGUGCAUAGAGGGCACAGUCUCCAAGCUGGUCCUAAAGGUGGAUAUGAGAUGCUAACACUUCCUUCAGAACCUGGAACUCCAACUAGUUCUGAGGAACCUGAAGGGGCAGUAGGUUAUUCAGCUGAUGUCCCUACACCAGAUCGACCCCACAGUGAGACAGCCACCUAUGUCAAUAUUCCUGUCAGCCCUACUUCCAAAAAACAGCUUCACUACAUGGAACUGGAACUUCAAGAGUCUAGCACAAGCAUAAGAGGGAGUGGAUCGUCCCGGUAUGCCCAGAUUGACAUUGCAGCCACCGAGACAGCGCACAAAGUGGGGACGCAGCACGCGCAGUGCCGCGAGGAACGCCUGCAGGAGCUGGAGCAGAAGAAGAAAGGAGCUCAGCAGUGACCUGCCUAGGAAAGAACUUUGUGCUCGCCACAAAUUCAUACUAAUUCAUCUUGCAAAAGGUUCACGUUCAUUGUAAAAAAGCACUCACACAAAACGCUGCCAUUGCCUCUUGCAGUUAUACCAGAUUCAUUCCGAUAUCUUGAUUCCUGAUUGGAAAGCUGAUAGCGUGAGGGAUGUGUUUGGUCUUUCCUUUUAUUUUAAUUUGGUUGUAAAGUCCAGAUUUUUUUUGUCAAAUGCAAUGCCAGAUGUAAGUUAACUUUUUCUAUAAUUCUAAAAUCAUGGAGAGCCUGGAACCAAUUUCAGUGUCUAUUAAAUAAAUGGUGGCAUUUUAUUUGAAAACAAAGAACUUGAAUGUGUGUAGAUAAGGGAAUGUGAGUGUGUGUGUGGUAAGUGUACACAGAUGUUUGCAUAUGUCUGUACGUUAGCACACAUUACUGAUAAAAUAUAUGUAUAUAUCUGAGUGUAUAAAAUAUGUAAAACCUCUGUUAAUAUAUUAAUGGACUCUUACAAAAGCAAGAAAAUUCAGUGUCUGCUCUUUUUGCAGGUACAGUUUUGUUCAAUUUAUGUGCUUAUUUAUGAACAUGCUCAACUAUACCUGUCGAUAAUUCAGUUUUAUACCUCACCAAGUCCUGCAGCUUUGGAAAAAAUUUCAGAUGUAAAAGCUGUGGUGUCAGGGAUGCACAUGUGCAUGCAAACAGACAAGAGCACACAAACAGGUUAUUUAAUUAUGUCUAUAAACCACAGUAAUGUGAAGGGGCGUUUGGGUGCUUCUGUUCUUAAAAAGCCUAGGUCAAACUAUAAGUUUGAUUUUGUAGUUGCUGGGUACCUGUAAUUCUUAGCAAUUUUUCUGGAUAUAUGUAUCACUUUGAAAAAUCAGGUCUCAGUUUUCUUACAGAGCAUAUUUUAAAACCAAGGUAUUCAAAAGAAACAUUAUCUUUUCAAAACUGAGUCUUUUAUAUCACAAAAGCUAUUCCUAACGUAAAACCAGCAUCCACCUUAAAUCUAAAAAGUUUAUCGAAAAAUUCUCUGCUGUCUGUAAGUAGCAGAAGACCAGUUCUGUGCAAGAGGAUGUCUCCAGAGAUGCUACAGACUUGAGACACAACAGGAUUUUAUCUUAUUUUAUCUAAAAUAGGCUUAACCAUGAGUCUGCCACCUCUUGCUUUUGUACAGUAAGAUUUAGUUGUUCAAAAUUUAAUUUCCCAUGUUGUGUUAUCUGUGUAAUUCUUUUUAUUUGUCCUCAUAUAAAAUAUUAUUUAAAUAAAAUGUUAUAUAAAAUGUAUGUCAGUGACACUAGAUUAACAAACAAAUGUACUUAAGAAGGAAACAAAAUUUCUUCUGAUAACAUAUCAGCUUCCAGAGGUUUUGGCUUCCAGAAAUUGCCAGGAGUGACAUCUUGGGUAUUAAGAUUUUUUGUUUGUGUCCUCUUAAGAUGCAGUAUCAGAGCCAAAUUCUGUUUUCUAGAUAUGCAUUUAAUUUAUAUUGGUGAGGGGAAGUUUUGUGUCAGUGAGGGUUUUACUGACUUAGAAUGAGAGGUGGGGUUUUGUUUUUGAGGCAGAAUUUAACCUAUAAAUUUAUUUGAAUGUAGCCUCAAUAUUAAUGUAAAAUACCAGAAAUCUCUCAAAUAAAAAAAAAAGUGUUUGAGA